ACCACUUCACGCACUUCACGCACCGCUUCACGCACUUCACGCACGACUUCACGCACCACGAACAACGGCAGCAACAGCAACAAAGGGCUGACCAGUCAGACGUUUCCGGAAGAAGAGCCCGACAGCAAUGGAAGGGUGGGUGCGUCGCAGGGCCGAUCUGCGACAAUGGAUAUGGAACACUCGCUACUUGGUGCUCGACCCUCGCACAGGACUCCUACACUAUUUUGGUAAAGAAUCGGACCGCAGGCCAAGGCGAACGUACUUGCUGCAUUCUGGGUGCAACGUAACAGACCCCGUGAACAAAGACGGCGAUGAUGCAGAAGGAUCCUUUUGGUCCUUCAAGCUCACCCUCACCAAACCCGGCCGCGGCAGCAGCGGCGGCGGUACUGCGGCUCCUAGUGCCGGGACAGGUAACACCAGCGCCACCAGCACCAGCCCAGAUGCGCAGCAGUCGCCGGCCUCACAGCAUGCGCGCUACGUCUUCGAUGACUACGACGAGGACACACUGGCGGAUCGCGACACAGAGGAAGAGUUCCACGACGCCCUUGACAGCCAUCGCCAACAGCAGCACCUGCGUGGUGCAAAUGGUGACAUCACAACAGCAGCAACAACAACAAACCCACAAGCACAGGCGCAUCUACAACCACCCGCGGGCAACAACAACACAGAGGCCAAGCAACAGCAGCACCAGCAGUACCAGCAGCAAGGUCAGCGCCGUUUGGGCGAGAGCGGACCGGGGCAGCGGGUGAGCGUGAACGGCACCCCAGCACCAGUCGACAAGGACGUCUCCGUUGAGCAACUGCAACCGCAGCAGCAACCGGCCCCGCCAUCGUCGCCAGUAGCGCGCCCAAAGUCGCCGUCCACGGCCAACACGGGCACACGUGGUCGCUCCAAAUCAAGCCCGCUCACACGUGAUGUCUCAACACCAGAACUGCAACCCCGGCGCCUUCAACACCAACAGCAGCGCCAGCAACAGGAGGAACCACAACAACCACAACACCAACAGCAACCACAGCAACAGCAACAAGAAGAGCCGCGGCCACAGCAAGGCAGAGACAAGGCGGCUUCAUCGCCGCCACCGCCGCAAGCAGCAGCGCAGAUCAUUGGCAGCAUGACAGCAGCAGCCAUGCUGGCCACACCGCCGCCGCAGCCGGGCAAGAAGCCCGCCAAGGUGGUGAAGAGCGGGGCUGUGCUUGAGCUCGGUGUCAACUCACGCAAGGAGGCCGAGCAGUGGGUGGUGGCACUGCGCACCGCCAUGCAGCGAAACCCCGAGGCCGCCACCGCACGCACAGCAACACCGCCGCCGCAAGGCACCGCAACAACAACAACAACGGCAAGCGCAACACCAACAGCAACGGCCGGUGCUGUGCGGGAUGAACAGCAGCGGAAGAAGCGGCGCGGGCGGUUUCUGCGGCGCCAGCGCUCAACACCGAGCACCGAACGCACGGCAGCACAGCAGUACACCGAGGCAGCAGCACAACCACAUGCACAGCACCGCCACCGCCGCACAAGCAGCGCAGACGGGGCCGGGACCGGUGGCGAUGGUGGUGAUGGCGAGGAUGGUGAGGACGGUGAGGUGGAGGAGGCACAGGCAAGAGGUGCGGUUGCAACAGCAACAGGGACUGCGCCCACCAUGCGGGCAGCCGCUGGUGCCACUGACGAUGAUGACGAUGAUGAUGGUGGCUACAACGGGCUCGGUGGAGGCGGGCUCGGCCGCAUGUCCAUGCAUGCGGAGGAUCUUGGCUCUGUACCGGAGCAGCUGCAGGAGCUCGUGGAUCACCGAAACGACGAGUCACCACUGCGCGCCGUCAAUGUCGUCGUGCACGAUGUCGUGUCCGGGCUGACCGUGUACCGGGAGGUGGAGGAGGUGCCGAGCGUGGCCCAGUACCAUGCCACGAUCGAGGCAGACAACCGCCACACGCUGCGGCGCAUGGCUGCCACCGUCAUUGUGCUGCUCGCCUGCUACCUCCUGCUUGAGCACGGCCUCUCCGUUGUGUCUGUUGCUACCGCCCUGUGUGCCGCCGGUGGCGUGUACUGGCUGCUGCACCACGGCCCGCGCCGCCUCACCCGUGCCGGUGGCCUUGGCGGCUCCCCAUUCGCGUCAUCAUCGCCACCGUCCUCGUCAUCCUCCAAAGCAACAACAACAACAUCAUCAUCAUCAGCCAGCCGCCGUGCCCGCAACCGCACGCCCGUGUAUGUUGCCGGCCACUCUGUGCGCGGAACACCAAAGGAGGUGCACGCAGCGCUCAUGUCUGUGCGCGAUGGCCGCGUGCUGUGGGACGGCGCUAACAUCUCCGUCACCGUGCUCGAAAAACAGGACAAACACGUCGACAUUGUGCACAUGGUGCAGAGGCCGGUCAAGGCGUGGCCCUUCUGGUGCCAGCCGCGCGACUGCGUGUGUCUUCGCUACUGGGCGCGUGAGGCAGAUGGCUCGUACGUGAUCGUUCUCCAGUCGACAGAGCACCCUGCCGCGCCGCCGCGCCAGGGCACCGUGCGGGCUGACGUGCUGCAGUGGACAUUCCUCAUCUGCCCGAUGAAGCCUGAGUAUGCGGAGCGCGACCACGUUGUCCGCAAGUCGUAUGUCGUGGAGACGGUGCAGUACAACCCCAACUGGCUGACGACGUGGAAGGUGAUUCCGCCCAUCAACUCGUUCCUGUUCAUCCGCCCCAUGAUGACCAACCUCCUCUCCCUCAGCGAGUACAUGGCCAGCCGCGACUUUGUUGACGCCGUCACACGCGGGCGCAUCGCCGCCGAUGAGACGGACCUUGCUUUCCUCUCCCCGUCUGCCUCGCACGUGCCCCGCGGCUUGGGCGGCGGUGGCGCGAGUGACGGCGAUGUGAGUGAUGGCGGGGACGAUGAAGCAGAGGGUGAGGCUGAGGGAAGUGGCGGCGGUGGUCGUGGUGUAAAGCAGCGACGGAAACGCAAGCAGCGCAGCACACACAGCAGCAGCAGCGGUAGUAGUGGUGAUGGUCGUGGCGGUCGUGGCGGUCGUGGCGGACGGAAGCAGCGGCAGCGCGGUGCUGCAAGCCGGCGGCCGCCGAGCUUCUUCGAGCCGCCGCAGUUCCCUGUUGGCGAGGACGGCACCAUGCACAACAUCCCGUUGCUUGCAUGCACCACGCCCACCAACGAGUGGAAGGAGCCCUUCUGCUGCAAGUUUCGCGUGCGCGGGCCAGACUAUCUUGAGACGCGCGUGAAGGUGACGGCAGAACCCGCCCUGUUCCAUCUUGUCGCUGUUGACAAGUUCAGCUUUGAGGACCCGAGCGAGCAGACACACAUUGCCCCGCGCAGUAGUAAGUGCAAGUUUGACCCGUCGCUGACGGCGGGGGAGCUGGCGGCCGCGUACACGCUGGUGGUGUGCAUCACGCCCCCAAGCACGCGCAACAUCUCCAUCGUGCUGUACUUCCGGCCCCUCGAUCCGCACUGGCGCCAUCGCAACCCGCGCUUCACGCGCCUGUUUGACCGCUUUGUUGAGGGCGAUGACGCCUACCGAAACGCGCGGUUCAAACUUCUUCCGGACAUUGUGAAGGGCCCGCUGGUCCUGCGCUCCGCUCUGCGUUCGCGGCCGGCCAUUCCCGGGAAGAAGGUUCCCAUCGGCUACUACCGCGGCGACAACUGGUUUGAGAUUGACAUCGACGUCAGCAAGGCGGGCAAGGCCAAGUUCAUUACGUCACUCGCGCUACCGAUUGCAAAGAGCAUUGUCGUGGACCUUGGGUUCCUGAUUGAGGGCCAGAGCCCGGAGGAGCUUCCUGAGCAGAUUAUGGGCGCCAUUCGCUUCAACAAAAUGGAUUUGUCGCAGUUGACGCGCAUCCCCGCAGGCGGUGCCUUGGAUGGAGAAGAGGGGGAAGAGGAGGCGAAAGGGAAGGAAUCUUCAUCGCAGUGAUGCUCAGUGGUUGAGAGGAGAUUUAAUUUGUAUGUGUGUCUCUGUGUGUAGUGUGUAUGUGUGUGUGUAGUGUGUGUGUGUGUGCGUAUUAUGCGAUGCUGUUGACACGAUUCGAGCGCUUACUCGUGCGUGUGUUGGUGUGGCACGAAGGAAUUAUUGACUUUGCUUGAACUGUUUGACCGAUUGUGUGUUGUUUAUACUUGGCCUCCACGAUGUAUGGUAUAGACACGUGAAAUGACA